UUAACGUUGACGGUGGGCUACCAUUCGGGACUAGGGCACAAGGAAAGAGAUUUGUUAGUGACUGUCACUUCCAAAGAAAAUGAAGAAAAAAAUACACUUGGCACUUUGCUGUACAGCUGUCAUCCUGGUGAUUAUCACUUGUGUUGGAGGUGCUCCAAGGGAAAAGCGUGAUCUGCUGCAGCUGGUGGAACUACUUGAAGAGAUGACCAAUAAGAGUGGGUUAGACUUCAAUAACUAUGGUUGUUACUGUGGCUGGGGAGGUAAAGGUGCCCCUGUGGAUGCUGUUGAUAGGUGCUGUAUGCUGCAUGACAACUGUUAUGGUGUAGUAGAUGCUUGUUACCCAAAGUGGAUACAUUACAAGUAUGAGUUUGCAUCCCAUCCAGAGAGAGUCUUACAUUGUCAAGACAAAAAGGAAACCUGUUACAAGAAGACCUGUGAGUGUGAUGCAGCCCUGGCCACGUGUGUAUCUAAAGCUCAGUACCACUCCAGAAAUAAGGAUAUGUCGCAGGUUUCCUGUUACAAAACCAAGGCACCACCAGUCCCUAAAAAUCCCUUCACAAAACUGUAAUAUCUCAACCAAUCUCUGACAACCCCUUCACUCAUCUGCAACAUUCCUGUCAAUUCUCAUCAACUUUCUACCAAACUGGCAAAUUCAAAUUAUCCCACACCUAACCUUUUAUGAAAUUGUAAUGGUUCGUUAAUAUCCCCAAAACUCUUCCAUGAACUGUAAUAUCUCAGAUUGGCAGAUUAUUACAUAUCAGAGUUAGAGAGAAUGCCAGGAUGUUCCUCAGGAAUACAUAUUAAAGAUAGCAGAGUUAAAAUUCUCCGAAGAAGCGGUGUCAGCACAUAUAAUUAGGUUUUUAUAUAAAACUUUAUCAAAACCAUUAGAUGCAAUAAAGAGAAAAAAUAUUCUUCUACUUUCAAAAGAGUGAUAUUAUUAACCAGACUCUGUAAAUACAGUGUUGUACUAGAGAAUCUUGUUGGUAUUUAAUUCUUGUGAUAAAAUUACUUGAUUCACUUCUCAGUAAUUUGUAAUGUACUUCCAUGUGUUUGUGCUGUACUUAAUUUUUGAAUGUCCUCAUCACCAUUCAUUAGGGACUAUUUGAGGGAAUGAGAUGUUAAUGAAACAAGAAAAAUUUUAUUGUUAUAAUGGUUGAAACUGUUUAUGAUUUCAUUAUUUGUUUGAAAAGCAAUAGUACAAAUAUUUUUAUAAGAUGAGCUGAGUAUAGUAAGUUUAAUGAUUUCUGUACCCACAUAAAUACAUGGUAAGUCUUCACACACUCGCACUCUUCAAAGAAAAGGACAGAUGAUUAUUUGAUUAUUUUAGACAAUCCUGCUUUAUUUUCCAUGUGAUUACUUUACUUAGUAUGAAUGGAUUUCUAUAAAAUUUGGUUUGUAUGGGUAUUUUACAAUCCCUUAGCCGGAAUCUGACUACUGCUGUCAUUCAUUGACAUUGAUGCAAAAUUAAUCGGUUUCCGUCCGAUAACCUCACUUGAUAUGAAUAUAUUUGAUCAGAUUUGAUUAGUAAGUGACUAUUUGUCAUUUGUUGAUGUGUAUGCAUAAUUAAUUAGGAACUUCACUCCUGAUUGGCUAAUUGGUUUUUAUGUGUUUCCAUGCAUUAAAUUAGCUUGGAACUUCCCGUUAUUACACCUCAGAUUAAUAACCAGUUUACAUUAUACAUGAAGUAUAUAUAUGUGUCCAGAGGAUUCAGAAAAUUAUAUAGUAAUACUUGUAUCAAUAUAUAUAUGAUGUUGAAUAUCCCUAAGUGCUUUUAUUUACUGUAUAAUGUUAAUAAGGUUCUUGGUUCAACCUUCUUAACAAAUAAUUUUGAUUUUGAAAGAAGUGGGUAUAUAAAUUGUAUUAAGAUAUAUACACAGCUAUAUUAGUGAAAAAAUAUAUUCGUUGUAAGUUUUUAAUAAUUCAACUUACAUAAAGAAAUUAUCAGUCUUUGUUAAUUCAUAAUUCUUUACACAGAAUUCACUCUACUGCACAAAUAUAUGGAUCUUGGGAUCUAGAUUUUGUGCCUACUUCUUGUGACAAAAAUUGGUGGUCAUUUUGUUGUAAUUUACUUGCGUAUCAAAAGCUGACAACAUGUAUUAGAACAUGUUUUUUAGAAAUGAGAACUUGGUAGCAGUUGUAAAAUCUUUCACAUCUUCUAAAUCCAAGGGUUUUAAUUUAUCAUGGUAAAGUUUAACAAUCAUCGUCAUUGGUUCCAGACAUAAAGAAAUAAAAAUCCCCUGUCAUGUCAGAGCUGCACAGUAUCACAAAUGAAAAAACUGACAGUUUAAAUAUUUAUGCUACCAUUUUAACCCAAUCACAUGUAGAGAUGAAUGUUAAGUCAGUUAAAUGGUUUUAUCUGUUAGAUUGCUUGCACAGAGCCUUUGAUUUUGGCACUAUCUUCAAACAUUGUAGAGACAAGGAAUCACGGUUGUAGUAUUUUGAGAGUGAAAUUCUUGGAACUUGAAGGGACCUGGUAAGAAAAAAAAUGUAAUAUUAAAAUCUGACAUAUCUCUCUCUAAUGAUCUGUAUAUGUACUGUUCAGAAUUUCAGCUAAUAUCUACUGGGCUUAAAGGAUCUUAGAUCUCUCUUACAAUUUUUUCUGUAUUUUGAGAAUAUGAAUAUACAUCAGAUGUUGGUUUAGUUUAUUUAUAUGAUGGGUACAUGAUACAAUACUUUAUAUAUCAUCAUUGAUGAGAGUUACAGGACCCUGUAGAUGAAUAGUAUGUGAUAUUAACAUUGUCUACAUCUCACAGCAAUGCCCUGAAACUUACACAGGAAUCUCACAUUUAUAGUUACAGUUAAUUGGUGCAUAUUUAACCGUGUUUUAAAAUAUUUUUGAUAAAAUAGUUGUUUAUAUAAUGUUGAUUUUGUACUUAAAGAUCUUGCUAGGAAGCACUUUAUAUUUGGUGAGUUUUAGAUCACAUUCACGUUAUUUGUGGAGAUGGCUUUCUUUCAUUUUUUUGGUCUUAGUACUUAUAUUUUUAAGUAAAAAAUUUUUUAUAAUUUCAUCUGAUUUGAACGUGUCUAAUGCCACAGUUGUACCGCAAAGUACAAUAUAUGUACAUACUAGCAAACUUUAGUGGUAGAAAUGGGUCACUACUGAAAAGUAUAUGAUUUUUUUAACAUCAUUUUAUAUUUGAACAUUUUUGGCUUGGAUUUGAUCAUUUGAUUUGUGUACAUUUUUUUGGUUUUUUUUAUUUGUGUGAAUGACUAAGAGCCACAACAGUUGUAAUCAUGUUGUAUAUUUUACAACAGAAUGGAUUGUACAUGUAGAUGCUGUCUGAAUAUUGUACAACAGAAUGGAUGUACAUGUAAAUGUUAUCUGAAUAUUGUAUAACAGAAUGGUUUGUACAUAACAUUAUCUAUAUUGUUGAGUUUUUCAAUGCUGGCAGCAUUUCUUCUGGCUAUUCAAAGUAUUAAAAUUGUAAAUAAGAUUUCAUACUGCAGAUAUCAAUACAUAUUACGAGUUGUAACAAAGUUCUGGUCUUUAUUUUCAUAUUUACAAUUGUUUAUAACAAAUUUUAAAUUUUUAGUGGUUUGUUUGACAAGUUAAUUUCAUUAUCAUUCAUAAAAAUGGCAAUAAUAUUUAUCUUUGCAAUUAUACUUGAUACCUUUGAUUGUUUGCAUUACAAGUAAAGAUGAAUUAAAAACAUUGAUGUUGUAAGAAGGCAUGUUUCAGCAGUGAAAUUAAUAGUUCUGUACGGGUAAAAUAAAAACAAAACUUAAAAAUAUAGUAUUGUUCUGAUAAUUUGGACAAAAAUUAAAACUUGUAAUGCAAACAUGAAAAUGAUUUUUGUGGGGCUUGACUAUGAAAUCAAAGGGAGCUAAUGCUUAAUGGUUUUGGGUAUUGGUCUGGAUUUGUUUGGUUGCUAUGAAAAAGAUGAAGGAAUUGAGCAAAUAGUUUUUUGGUUUUUUUUACCUUUUCCUUUUGAACUACCAGAACAAUUAAGUUUAUAUCAAUGACAGGUCUUUUACCAUAUUGAUGAUUGUUUUAAAUUUGAAUUUUAAUACCAUAUUCAAUUUUAAUUAAAUUAGUAUUAUAUUUAGUUUAUUUUAUAUCAAAAGUGCACUACGAUUGAAAUAAAAUUUUAUCCCACCUGGAAUUAAAACUUUGAUAAAACUUUGAUAAAACUUUGUCCCACCUGUAUUUUAAAAUUUAAAUAUGAUUUAAAUGAAAAUUAAUUGUCUGCCUUAUAAAUUUUUACUAUGAAUGAAUUAAGAUUUUGUCCCUACUGUAUUGAUUUUUUUACUACGAUUUAAAUAAAAAAUUUCCCCACCUAUGGUUUGGAGUUGGACAGAAUUUUAUAUGUUUAAUUUUAGGCUAAUGGUUUAUGUGGUAGAGUUUCAGUCCACCUAUCAGAUCAAGGUAAAAUUGCUGUUUGGGAUAUUUUAAUUUCAGGUUUGAUGUUCCUGUUUUUUCUUGAAUUAUUUUUAUACAGAUUCAAAAUAAACUUUCUUUUCUUUCAAA